AUGGCGCCCGAAACAAAAUAUCCCCCUCACGAGAUCGACCGCACUCCCGAGUACGAGGAGUUUAUGACCAAACUGCGCGCCUAUCAUCAGCAACGAGGUACCACGCUUGACCCAGAACCCAAGUGCUCAACAGUAAAUCUCGAUCUUUACAAGCUUUUCAACCUGAUUGUGGAGGAAGGCGGCUACGACGAAGUCAGUGACAGGAAACUUGCCUGGCGCGAGAUGGUCGAGAAGCUCGGCAUCCCUAUGACCAGCAUCGCAUCCACCGCCUAUCAACUCAAGGACCGCUACCUGAAAAACCUGGCCGCAUACGAAAUCAGCACUAUCCACGGAAAAGAAUCCCCCCCGAAAGACAUCCUUGAGGACGGGACGGCCAAAGGUGGAUCGCUUCUGACCGAACCCGAGAAAACUAUGCAGCAGACUCGCUGUGCUCGCCGCUCGGGAGACGCGGCACACGUCGCGCGAUCGCUUCUGGCCAAAGACACACUGUCGGCUCCAGCUUCCGCUCGCGCGAUUGAGAGAAGCCCCCCGCAGAGAGUCAUCUCCAGCCUGACACGGCCCGACUCGCACCGUAACGCCUCGGGAGCACAGACUGGACAGACCAGUCAAACGACGUCCCAGCAUCACUCCAACUCCCAGAAGCUCGGGCCAAGCCAAUACACCAGGGCACUUCCCAUCGGCGCAUCCCACUGCCGUGCCCAUCCCAAAGUCGCUCCAAAGCUUUUCCAGCCUCUAGUGCUCAGACCCGUCGAUACGCCAGGCAACAAUCCUGCAGAGUUCGCUAGGCGCCGACCGCUGGCGCGGCAGAGGCUGCAGCCCCCCGAGCUGCCCCAUGGAACACCAGGACUGCGCAAGGACGGUGCCGGUAUUUACCACCGAUGCCUCAUGGGUCUGCGAUCAAAGAUCUUGGCUGAGCAGGAAUAUGCCGUACAUCACUUUGUCAAGAUCUCAUAUGAAAGAGGUGAUAAGUUCAAGUUUGAGCAGUUCGCAGGCCUAGCAGAUGCGCUCGUCGAAAAGGCGCUUGAUGUCGGCACCCUGUUUUAUGAUAUCAAGUGGGAGAUCUCGUGGGUUCCGGUCCCCAACAACGCUGGGCCCGGCGUCCUCGAUGGAGAGAACGGGACGCCCGAUAUCCUCGACCGCAUCAGCAAACUCACCCCCAAACCCGUCUCAGAUCUCAUCCAGCCUGCCAAAUUUUCAGACGCCCUUCGGUGCAUCUCCGAGGCCGUCCUCACGAUUCGCAACAUGGUCACGCUCCAGGACAAUGCUCACUUUGUGUCCGACCUGCAGCCGCUGAAAGACCUGAUCUGCAUCAUCUUGAGGCUUCCCACACAUAACAGCAUCGUUGAGCUGAAGCACAUGGCGCUCGAGAUCACAGAGUGCCUCACGCCUUACAUGUCUCUCGGUUCAGAUGAUCCCCUCUACCAGGUGCUCCUAGAGCAACUCAAGUCAACAGACCGCGGCAUGAUUCUCGGCGGACUUCGCGCCCUCGGCCGCAUCUCGAUGAAGCUGGCCAACACCAACAAGCUCAGCAAUGUGCCCGCCGAGACGCUAGAGAGCAUUACGCGCUGGCUGCAGCUCAACGACGACGACUUGAUGGACGCGUGCCUCGACUUCCUGUACCAGUACACCGCCGUCGCCGCCAACAUCGAUGACUUGCUACGGUUCGUCAGUGCCGAAAGCCUGGUCAUUCACCUCGUCCGCCUUCUCUCGCAUGGCGCGAAGAAGGUUACGCGCGAAGUUGUCAUUGUGCCCGAACUCAAGACACCCCCCAACGACUACGCCGCACCGAUGCCGACAGACCUUCUGCAGGAGCUUUUGGCCAUUAGCGAGCCCGAGCGCUGCCAGGCGUGGGUCAAGUGCUUCUUCGAGGAGGAUAAGGACUCGUUCGUUACGCAGAUCAUGGCCUGGCAGGCCUACCAAGCAGCAUUUGUGUCGGCUCUCAAGUCGUCCGGACAGACGCUCAUCACGCCCGCAGAUUUUAUCCGUAAUGCCACCAUCGUCUACAAGGAGUCGCGCGCCGAGGUGCUCCGCGUGUCCAACGCCGGCGAGACGCAGCAAAAGUUCAUCAUCCAGGGCCUGCGAGCCCGUGAGAACCCCGUCGGCCUCGACGGCAAGGAGUUCAAGCGCUGCAUCUGGGACGCCGCCAAGCAGGGCGUCAAGUGCGGACAGCACUUUGCCAGCCCGCAGCAGAUGAGCGUCCACAUUCUAACACACCACCUUGGUAUUGCCAAGAACGCCGCCGGCACCUUUGAUAAUGUCGAGCUGGAGUGCCGCUGCCAGUGGGGCGAAUGCAGAAAGUUUCCCGAGCCCACCAACAUGAAGCUCUUCCAGAUCGCGCACCACAUCUCCGUCCACGCAAGCAUCGUCUUCCCGCGCAAGACGGCAGCUGAUGGUGACGCUGCCCAGGCGCUGACACGCGACUGGCUCAAGCCCGCUGUGACGAAGUCGGUCGACUACGAGGAGACGGCCAUGGUGCGCGAUGAGCGUAACCCCAACGCGCCGCUCCAAGCCGCCGGCAUCCCGCUGAGUGCGGCUCUCAUCCUGAGGAACAUUGCCCGGAACGUUCCCAAGACGCAGGCCGAGGCUGAGCUGCUGCGGCACUACGAGGGCGGUUGGAACGAGCGGCUCUUCCGCUGCGUGCGCCCGCGGCUGUUCGAGCUCAUGGGGCUGAACAAGGGCCUGGCCGAGUACAUUGCCUCUAUCAUUGAGCUCGUGGAGCCUGAGACUGACAACUAG